ACCUCAGGUCAUCUCCUCCUCUCAGCACUACGUCUCUCUGCUCCUCUCUGCUCCUCUUGGCUCGGAUCGGAUCGCUUUGAACGGGACCAGGACCCGCACCGAUACUUAGACCGGGGACCAGCAGAGCAGGAGCGGGACCUGCAGGACUUGCGUUCCGGUCGCGGGCUCCCGCCAUGCUCGGCCCCGUGAAGAUGGAAGGGCACGAGGCUCCGGACUGGAGCGGAUACUACAGCGAGGAGGUCUACUCUCCAAUGGCGGGCGGUGGGAUGGGUUCUGGUCUCGGGAUGGGAUCCAUGUCGGGUUACAUGUGUGGCAGCGGAACCACGUCCGGGUCCUUCAACAUGUCGUACGGCGGGACCGGCCUGAGCCCCCCUCCGGUGGGUGGGAUGGGGGGGAUGGGUGGCCCGGCUCCGGUGACCAUGUCAGGUCUAGGAGGGGGCGUGGCCUCCAUGGGCGGGACCUUGAGCCCUUCCGGUAUGACGUCGGCCCAGCAGGCGUCCAUGGGCCUGAACCCGUACGGUGCCUUAAGUCCCGCCAUGAGCCCCGGCGUGGCGUACGGCAGUGGCGGGCUAAACCGAGGCCGCGACAACAAGGCCUUCAGGAGGAGCUACCCGCACGCCAAGCCCCCCUACUCCUACAUCUCCCUCAUCACCAUGGCGAUCCAACAGGCGCCCAGCAAGAUGCUGACGCUAAGCGAGAUCUACCAGUGGAUCAUGGACCUGUUCCCGUACUACCGGCAGAACCAGCAGCGCUGGCAGAACUCCAUCCGGCACUCGCUGUCGUUCAACGACUGCUUCGUAAAGGUGUCGCGCUCGCCCGACAAGCCGGGGAAGGGGUCCUAUUGGACUCUGCACCCAGACUCUGGUAACAUGUUUGAGAACGGCUGCUACCUGCGGCGCCAAAAAAGGUUCAAGUGCGACAAAAGGCCCCCGAGCAAGUCCGACGGAAGGAAGGAGCUGAGCGGGGGGGCGUCGCCAUGCAAGGACAAACCCCCAGGGCUGCUGGACCCCUCCUCGCUGGCCUCCUCCAGCCAGGCGUCCUCGCCUCCGGGCCUGGACCUGCGGGGGUGUGGGCCGUUGGACUCCAAGGUGCCUGGCUCCCAGCUGUUGUCCUCCCUGUCGUCGCCCCCCCACUCCAUGGCGCACGAGUCCCAGCUGCACCUGAAGGGAGACCCCCACUACUCCUUCAACCACCCCUUCUCCAUCAAUAACUUAAUGUCAUCCUCGGAGCAGCAGCACAAACUGGACCUGAAGGCCUACGAGGCGCUGCAGUCCUCCUAUGGGGCCGGGGGGCGGGCCGUGGAGCCACUGGAGGCCUCUUACUACCAGGGGGUCUACCCCAGACCACUCCUCAACACCUCCUAGUCCUCUCCUCUGGACUUCCUGCAUGCUGCCAUCCUGGAGUUGCACACAGAGCUGGAACUGAACUCCUGAACCAGGACUCAGGACCGAAACUCAAAGAGACGCCUUAAUACUCGGCCAUUCAAACUGACCCCAGGUCUGAAUCCUCCUUUUACAUAGUGAGUCACAAACAACUAGAAGGUCCUUGUGCUCCAGAUGAUACAUUUUAGAAACAUCUGGAUUAACAACUGAUCUCAUUUACUGGAUUUAAAUAUUUGUGGCCCGGACCCCACAACUCUAACUUCCAGUGGACGUCUUCUAAUUAGAACAAGCAGACGGGGCUUUAUUGAUGAUCAGUGUCAUUUCAAACAUUUUAGAAUCUUAUUUAAAUAAUAAAUGAAAAUUUCCCUGGUCAUUAGUUAUAUUUAAUGAGUUGAGGCCCCUCAGACGGCCCAGAGCGUCAGCUGGAGAAAAAGAUUUGAACAACUUCAAGGUCAAAAGAAUCAUUUUGAUUGGAAAUAUGAGAAGGAUUCAUUUCUCCCAUGACCUCGCCUGCCUCUUUGCUGACCUCCUGAGGGGUCACGACCCCCCACGCAGAUUAAAGAUCCUGGUCUAAAGGGCCGGCUGUGUGGCGUCUGUAUCCGGGCAAAUUUCUGAUCAAACCUACGUGUCAUCACGUAUCUACUGAUCCAAUUAUUAGUACAAGACUAUCCUAUAAUAUAUACACAUACAUAUCUGUAUUUAUCUAUAGACAUAUAUGUGUAGAUAUGUUUGUUUGAGAUUCUGUGUGUAAAAGGACUCACUUCCUGUUGUAUUUAAACUUCCUGUUGUAUUUACACUGCAGCUUCUGUCCAUCAGUGACUCUGGUUGACAAUUGUUCUUAUCAUGUGCAUGAAGCUGGAGGUCGUCUUCCUCUUCCUCUUCUUCCACUUGCUUAUCCUCUGCCUCUCCUUUUCUCUUUGUUUGCAUCUUCUUCUUCCUUGUCUUCCUCUUCUUCUUCAAAAACGGAGGAACAAGGGACGUGAGGAAGUGAGGAAGGAUGUUUGUGACCUCCAGCUUGUCCUUGUUGUGUGUUGGUUUUUGACUUUGCUGCAUGUUCUUCUUCUUCAUGUUGUUAACUUAUUCUGUCAUUUCCAAAUAAAACAAUAAAACAUUUA